UGAUUUUACUCACAACUGUUUUCUCUUUUCAUCAUCAUCAUCAUCAUCAAUAAUCAAUAAUCAUAUCUUCUUCUAAUCUUCGUGUCCUUAUAAUCUUAUCUUAAGCGUAACGCUAAAUCACACCAUACAUUUUUAUUUUUAAUACUUGUGUACUUUCUGUCUUACUAACAUUUUUGGUUGUAAGAAUAAGUAUUGAAAUGGGUGGUUGUGUUUCAAGUAACCAAAAGACAUCCGCUGCUGCAAUGAAAGUACAAAUGUUGUAUGGUCAUCCGUCUAAUAAUAAUAAUGAUACCAAACCACCAAUAAUCAAUACGGCUGCUAAGACCACUUCUUUUCAAGAUUUUGGAAGUAAAGAGGAGACAUUUUUCGACUCACAAGCAUGGCUAGACUCAGACUGCGAUGAUGAUUUCAUGAGCGUUAAUGGUGAAUUUACCCCAUCAAGAGGCAAUACUCCGGUUCACCAUAACUUCUCCGCAGGAAACAAACCUCCUGUUUCUGCCCCAUAUCAGCCAUCUCCAAAUGGCCAAGAUAAGAAAAUGAGACUAUCUGACCUUUUCAAUGAUAGCCAAAGAGGUACCUAUGAUUCAGACUCCGAAGAAAAUGGUGAACAAGCCAAUAAAAAUGGGCUGAACUCAAAGGUGCAUAGCCCUCUCGUGGAUGGCAGUGAAGUGAUGGCAAAUGGUGCUAACAGGGCGAAGACAAAGCGAGAGAAGUUUGGGAGGUCUGUGCAGAAUUGUUUUCCAAGUUUAAUUUCUAGCCGUAGCUCAUCAACAAAUGGAAGAAAGAUGAUGAGCCCGGCCAUAGGCCUGAGCCCGAGUCCCAACCCCAACCCUGUUAUGGCGUGAUGAGCUAGCCAUGAGGUAUCAACAGUCGAAUGUAUAUUAAGAAAUUAAUAUGUAAAGCCAAGUAACUUGUCUUGGGAUCGAUUACUAAAAGAUAUACGAGUAUAUGUUUUCUAGCUAGAGGGAAUAUGUAUUUGAAGAUUUUUGGUUGAAACUUGUCUCGCCUGAAAGUUGGCUGAGUUUUGGUUAUUUGUGGCAUAAAAGGGUGUGUUAAAUAACAAUCAUAUUUAUGCAUUCUCCAUA